AUGAACUACAGUUCGUUAAAAAAGAACCUUGUGAUUAACUUCGAAAAUUUUAUGAAUCCAUAUGAUUUCAAUGAAAAGAAAAAGAGGAAGGAAAAAAGUAUUUGUGAGUUAAACACACAAAAAAAAAAAAAAAAAAAUGCAGACGAUUUAAUAGAAGAUGUUGUAAAGGAGGAUAUGUUAUAUUAUACUAAAAGAAAGAAAAAUGGUAUGGAAAAAAAGGAAUUAAAUAUAUUGUUCGAAAUUGAUGAUAUCUUAAAAGAAAAUGUAAAUGAUAAAGAAAAAAUUAUAACAAAUAAUAUGAAAAUAAUAAAUGAUGAAAAAAAAAAAAUCGAUGAAAAGGGAAAACUUUAUGGUAAUAAAAAUGUAGCUAGCCAAAAUAAAGAAAUUCUUAUUAAAGAGAAAAAAAAAAAAAAUAAUAAUAAUGAUAAUAUUAUUAAGAAUGAAGAAUAUGAAGAAAACAAUAUGGAUGAGAAAAAAAAAAAUAUGGACAUCAUUGAAGUCAGUUUUAGUGUAAUAAAUAAAUGGAGAAAUCACAAUGAAUUGAUUGACUUUGUGAAAAAUAAUUUGAAGAAUAAUGAAUUUAUAUACGUCAAGAGCUUGCCCAACUUUUCUUAUGAAAUAGCGUCUUGGGAAAAUAAAAAAAAGAUGGAUGUGCUAUCGAUUUCCCUUAACGGUGUUAUGAUCAACGAAAAGAACGAAACGAGUUUCUAUGAACUUAAUGAAUGGAAAUGUCAUAUGAAUUUAUUAAGGAGCGCAUUAGAUUUAAGAUUUAUACGUAAAUAUAAAUUAUAUAAAUAUUUUUUUUUUUUGAAAAAUAUGAUAAAGAGCACCAAAUUUAAAAAUAAAAAAUUUUACAUUAAAGAGAAUUUAUUAUUUUUGAAUGAAGCAUUUUUUAAUGGUUUUAUAAAAAUCGAAAAGGUAUUAAAACAUAUAGGUAAAACAAAAUUAAUAGACAUAAAUAUAAAUAAUAUGACUAUAGAUCAAUAUGUAGAAUUACAAGAUGAAUAUAUGAUGAAAUUCGAUAGUUUUCUUAAUAACAAAAUUAAAUAUAUAAUUAACAUUAUUUAUAUAUAUUGUAUGACUGCUUUAAAUAAUUUUUUAAUAAAAAACGACAUCACCAUAAAAAGGAAACAAAUAGAAAAUGAAGAACAUAUUGAUAUGUUUAUGAAGGAUCAUAUGAAUAGUAUUGAAACAUUCGAUGAACAAACUGGUGUUAAUACAAGUAUUCUUUUACCUACGAAAGAAGAAAAUCAUAAUAUAAAUAAUAAAACAAAUACAAAAAUAAAUACAGACACAGACACACACAAAGAAACACAAAAAGAAACAAAUAAAAAUACAAAAAAUACAAAAAAUACAGAUAAAAAACAAUUUCCAAAAAAAAAAAAUACUCAAAAUAAAAACGAUACAGAAAUAAAUAUAUAUUAUAACAAAAUAGCUCUUAGUAAUUGUUAUAGCAUAUAUUUAAAAAAAUUUAUUCAAGUAUGUCAAUAUAUGUGUGAUAAUAUCCUACGAAAUAUCAUAAUAAAUACAUAUACAUAUUUUCUAGAUUUAUUAAAUCAUUAUUUUGAAACUAAUCAUGAACAUGCAAAAGAUAUGAAUGAUCCCCAGUAUCCUAAUCACAACGUUCAUAUAUUUAUGGAUAAAGAAAAAUAUUAUGGUAAGAAAAAAGAAUACAAUAAGGAUGAUGAUAAUAAUAAAAACUAUCCAAAUUUGAGUUAUAAUACAAAUAAACAUGUAACCAGAAAUCAGACACAUGGAACUCUUCCGUAUGAAAGCAUAAAGCAAAAGAAAAAUAGUGAUAAGGAAAAGCAAAAGCAGAGAAAGAAAUUUUUAUUCUCAUCUAUUACAAAGAGGAAGGAGGAUUAUAAUACUGAGGAGAAAAUAAAAAAUUAUAAAGCUAGGUAUAUUGUUAAGAGGGCUGAAAAGAAUAGUCGCGUCGACGACAAGGUAGCCAAUGGUAUGAUUAUAAAAAUGAACGAAAUUAAUAAUGAUAAUAAUAAUAAUAAUAAUAAUAAUAAUAGUAAUAAUAAUAGUAAUAACAACAAUAAUAAUAACAACAAUAAUAAUAACAACAACAAUAAUAACAACAACAAUAAUAAUAAUAAUAACGGAGUAGAAAAUGAAAACAUUCCAAAGAAUGAUGUGUGCCUCUUCAAUAUCUCCAUAAGCAUAAAAAAUAACCACCUACAUAUAUAUCCAGAAUACGAACUAUUAAUAAAUACCAUGACGAAAUAUAUAAAUAAAAGUAUAGAAAAUGUAUGCAAGAGAGAAGAGUUUAUAAAAAGUUAUAAAAUAAAAGAAUUUUUCAGAAACGAAAUUUUUAUUGACAAGAUUAUAUUUCAUAAACAUAAUAUAAAUAAUAAUAAUAAUAUAAAUGAGUAUAAUGAUAAUCAUGCCGAUGGUUGUAUAGACAAACCCGUUGGUAGUUAUAGAAACCAACCCGUUGAUAGUUAUAGAAACCAACCCCUUGAUGUUUAUAGAAACCAACCCGAUGAUGGUUAUAGUUAUCAUAAUAAUAAUCCCCAUGUUGAUAAUAAAAAGUUUGAAGAAUUCAUUAAUAAUGAUGAGGUUAUACAUAAUUUAGAUAUAGAAUUAAAAGAAAAAAUAAAACUUCUUUAUGAUGAUAUGGUAGAUGUAUGUCAAGAAUUUUAUGAGAUAAUAGAUACUUAUAAUAAAUAUGAUGAAUUGAAUAUUGAAGAAAUAGAUAUAAUGGAUGUUGAAUUUAUUACGAAUUUAUUUUUAUCGUUAAAAGAAUUAGAAAAUAAAAUAAAACGAAUGAGCAAACAAUUAAAUAUUCAUAUAUUUAAAGUUGAUAAUACAAUAUUAAUAGAAUAUAUAUUAAAAAAUAUAAAUAAAAAAUGGACCCUUUUAAUAAAUUAUUUACCUACAUUAAAUAAUAAAACUAUAGAGGCAUUAACAAUAAAAUUAGAUAACUCUUUAAAUAUUAUAAAUAAAACACCUAAAAAUAUAAAUGAACUUGUCUCAUAUAUAGAUUUUGUUAAUACAUUUUCUAUAAAUUUAGUAUGUAUAGAAGAAGAAAUUGAAUCUAUAUUUUCUUUAUUUUUAUUAUUUAAAAAAUAUUAUAUAAGUAUAUGUGGUAAUCAAACUACGAAAAUAUUCCAUAUGAACCAGAAAAUGAAUUUUAUUAAAAGUAUAUUAAACAGCGAGGUAAAUUAUGAUAUACAAUAUAGUUAUAUAUUUAAAGAUCUCAAUUCACAGAUUAAUAAUGUAGAAAAAAACAUACAAAACUUUUUAAACAUCAUGAAUACAAAUUUUCUAGAUCAACAAAAUAAUUAUGAAUGGGACGACAUAGUUAGAGACUUGAAUUAUGUUCAUCCUAUAAAUGAUAUAAAUGAGGUUUUUUAUAAAAAUUAUGAUAACCAUAUUACUUUUAUGAGGGAAAAUGGGAAUGUGCAUGAAAAUGAAGACGGCCUCGACCAAACAGAAAAUCAUAAUAAGUAUGAUGGUAAUAAAAUUUAUAAUAAGAAGACUUAUGAUGAACAAUAUAAUAAACUUCAUAAUUGUAUGAGAAAAGAUUUAUUUUCCAUUAAUUUUAAUAAUAAUAAUACGAUCAUUAUACAUGAGACAGAAGAAAAAAAAAAAUUUUACACAUUCCAUAUCCUAGAAUUCUUGAGAUUAAAAAUACUAGAGAUAAAAGAAGAUGUUGAUAAAUAUAUUCAUUAUCAAAAUGUUUUAAAAAUAAAAAAAAACGAAUUUGUUAACUUUUCUUUAUUAUGUAAUAUGUUUAUUAAUAAUAGUCUUACCAUCUAUACUUUUUUUCAGUAUAUAAAUCUUAACGAGAAAUAUAGACAUGAAAAAAUCUUUUAUUUAAAUAUACCACAAUUUUGUAAUGAUAUAAAUAAUAUCAAUAUCUUUUUUAAGAAAAUAAAUAAAAACUUUGUAAACAAUGAAAUUUAUGAUAAAUGUAAAAAGUUCCAUAUGACUUAUGAACAUAUAAUAAAACUUUUGAAAUAUCUACAACCAAUAUAUACAAAUCAAAAAUAUUUCCGUAGAGCUAUAGAUUUGUUAAAUGAUUCCUAUGACAUCGAUAACCAUCUUUUCGAAAAUAUAAAUGAUAUGUAUACAAUAAGGCGGUCCCAAGAAAAAAACAAAAAUGUUCAUGAAACACACAAAAAUAAUGAAACACACCAUAAUAAUGAGAUACAACAGAAUAAUGAAACACACCAGAAUAAUGAAACACACCAGAAUAAUGAGAUACACCAGAAUAAUGAGAUACACCAAAAUAAUGAAACACACCAAAAUAAUGAAACACACCAAAAUAAUAUAACACACCAAAAUAAUGUAACACACCAAAAUAAUGAAACACACCAAACGCACAAUCACAAUGAUAAAGACCAGUAUGAAAAACAGAAUAGUAGACGUGAUAUUCAAAAAAAAGAAAAAAUCUUUUUAUCGUAUAAUUACGAAAUGAUCAUUCUAGAGAAUUUAUUCGGACUUCCCUUUAGUAGUUUUCUAACCAAUGUUGAAAAGAUUUGUUUUGAAUAUGAGAAGGAAAAAAGGAUUAACGAUAGGUUUGAGCGUAUAAAAACUUCUUUGAAAAAAUACAAAUUGGAUGUUAGUCUUAUUAAUAAAAAAGUAUAUUUUAUAAAUAAUAUAAAUGAACUUAUUACAUAUAUUAAAAAAAUAAUGGAUGAAUUAUUUUUUAUACAGAAUGAUAAAUAUAGUAAACAUAUAUAUAAUGAAAUAUACAAAUUAUCAAAGCAGUUAUUAAAUUUUAAAAAUACAUUAGUAGUUAUAAAAAAAAUACAAACAUAUUAUAUAAAUACAUUACAAAAAUAUAAAAAUAAUGAAAUAAAAAAAUGUACAAACGAUUCAGAAUAUUUCUCUUCCUUAAUUAAUACAUAUAAAUAUCAUUGUGAAGAAUUUUUUAUAUAUCCACAAAUAAAUAAACAUCUUGAAAAAAAUUAUGAUAUACAAUAUUUUUAUAACUUCUUAAAACAACUAGAACAACUUAUGACAACUGUAAAUCUAUAUAUACUAAAUAAAAGAAAAGAAUUUUUUUCUUUUUAUUUAUUAAAUGAUGAAAAUUUUCUAAAUAUAUAUUUAAAUAUAAAAGAUAUAAAAACAUUAAAUAAAUAUAUACAACAUAUUAUCCCAUCUAUUAAAAAACUUAUUUAUCAAAAUGAAAUUAUUUGUGGUGUUCUUAGUAAGGAUAAUCAAAGAAUAAUAUUCAAGGAACAAAUCAAAUAUAAGAAGCUAGAAUUUUUGUUAAAUCAAAUUAAUCUUGAAAUUAAAAAUUGGGUUCUAAAAAAUAUUCAAAAUGUAUUACAAAAUGAAAUCAUUCAAAAAAAAGACAUAAAUUAUAUUAACAAUGAUGAUAAUAAUAAUAAUAAUAAUAAUAAUGAUCACAAUAAAAAUAAUAAGGAUAACAAAAAUUUUGAGAGUUCUUUAUUUUUCUAUCCUUUAAAAGAGGAUACCUAUUUAAUUUUUAUAAAAAUUACAAAUAUGCAGACAUUGUUCAUUAUAUUAAAUAUAUAUUUUACAUACAUAAUGGAUAUUUUUAUAAAAAAUCUACAAAAAAAUAAAUAUAUAAUUUAUAUCUUAUCUCAAAACGUGAUACACCUCGUACAUAAAAUAUAUAAUACAAAUUUGUAUUUGGGAAAUGAGGAUGAUAAUAUAAGUGUACACAAUAUAUCGACCAAUGAACAAAAAACAUUAAACCAUAUAAACAUCAUCAAUAAUACAGAAAUAAAAAAAAAAAUAAAAAAUAAUAAUAAUAAUAAAAAUAAUGACGAUAUUUAUAAUAAUAAUGACGAUAUUUAUAAAAAUAAUGACGAUAUUUAUAAUAAUAAUAAUGACGAUAUUUAUAAAAAUAAUGACGAUAUUUAUAAUAAUAAAAACGAUGUUUAUAAUAAUAAUAACGAUGUUUAUAAUAAUAAACAUUUAAUAUUCAUUCUUUUAUUUUUUAUGAACAUGAAACAGAAAUUAUUAUCGAUCCUUAAUAAUGAUCAUUCCAAAAAUAUUUCUUUAAACCAUUUUAAUUAUCUAGAAAUAGAUAAACAUUAUUUUAAAAAUAAUGAUUAUAUUAUAGAAUUUUUUCAUCAUAAUAUAAAAUAUAAAUAUGAAUUAUUGAAUAAUUACAACUAUACUCUAGAUAUUAUAUAUCACGAAAAAAAGUAUUCUUUCUUAUUAUAUAAAUAUUUAUCAAACCAUUUUAUUACCUUAUAUUCAAAUAAUUCUUAUUCAAUUAAUUAUACAAAGAAUUUUUCCAUACUUUUAGGGUUUCAUUAUUUUCUAAUUAAUAAUAUUAAUUUAAAUAAAAACGAUAUAUUAAAUUUUAUAUCAUGUUCUAUAUCAUCUAAUGUAUCCUUAUUUUUUUAUAAAGUAGAUAAAUAUAAACCACAUAUUUUAUCUAUAUUAAAUAAACAAUUAUCUAUCAUUAAUUAUCAUCUACAAAAUAAAAAAAAACAAAUUAUUAUUAAUAAUCAAGAAUUAAAUCUAAAUAAAAGAAAUCUUAUAUAUCUAUCUAUAAGUAAACAUUAUUCUCCACCUAUAUCUCUUUAUUUUUCAAAUAAUCAUAAUCACAUUAAUUCAAAGUUUAAUUUUUCAUAUACCAUAUAUCAAUCCUCUAAGCCAUUUCCCUUGUCCAUUUUUUACCUCAUUUACUUUUCCUUCGGUUAUCUAAACCCAGAUCUUUUAUCUCUAGCUACUUACAAGACAUAUCUGUAUCUAAAAAAACACGGAGAACUUAAACGUUACGUUAAUCAAAGAAAAAUCAUUCAUAUCAUAAAGUUAAGCACAAGAAAAAAUAAACAAGAGGAAGAAUACAGUGUGUGUAAGGGAAUUAUAAAAUAUGUUUCACAUUUUGUAGGAUAUGAAAAAAUUAAAGAUAUAAUAAAUAACAUUUGUUUAAUAUUUAAUUUGAGAAGAGAAUAUCAAGAAAAGCUAGCUCAGUAUGUAGACAAAAAACAAAAAGAAGAAGAAAUCGAUGGUUUAAAUUACGUCGAAACAUUGUUUGACGAUGAGAAUUAUAGAAAAAAAAAGAGUAAAAAACAUGCUAGUGAUUGGAAAAAUGAAGUUGAUAAAAUAGUUAUUGGUUUAAUAAAAAAAACGAAAAUACCUUUUUUAAAAUAUCAAGUAUACAAAGCAACUGAAUUGUACAAAUUAUUGAAUUAUAUAUAUGAUGAUAAAAAAAAAAUAAAAAUUGAUAAAGGACAAGGUGAAGAGAAAAUAGAAGAAAUAAAUGAAAAUAUUAUAGAGACAACUGGAUAUAUUAAAAAUAUUUUAAUAAUAGGGAAAAAUUAUUCAGGUGCUAGUAGUAUUAUUUUUUUAUUAUAUCAAUUUUUAAAAAAUUUAGAGGGAACUUCCUUUUGUGCUUAUGACAUUUGUAAUAUUGAUAAAAUAAAUUUACAUUAUUGUUCUUGUGAAGAUAUAUUAAAAUAUGUUUUUUAUAAAAGUAACAAUAUGAGUGAUGAUACCAAUGAAAAAUUAGAAGAAAGAAAAGAAGCAGGAGAGUAUAGUAUGCUAGGUUCUACAAUUAGUAGGAAUAAUACUAAACGUGAGCAAGAUGGUAACAAUAAUAAAUAUAAAAAUAAAGAAAUAAAUAAUACUUAUAGUAAUAAUAAUAAUAAUAAUAAUAAUAAAAAUUAUAAUGAUGGUUCUCACAAUAAUAAUAUUCUUGAUGAAAAAGUUUCUACCUACGAUGAGCAUCCGAAUUUAGAUAAAAAAAAAAAAAAGAAACAAAAUGUAUCUAAUUCAAAGAAUGGGACAUAUAAUAACCCUAUUAAAAGUAUGGAAUUUAUAAAUUUAAAUAUGUUUAAAAAUGUUGAAGAAAAUAUUAUUAUUAAAAAAAAAAAAAUGAAAAAAAAUCUUUUUUUAAAAUAUAUUAAUGUUAGUGAUAUGAAUAUUGUUGAUAAAAUUUGUAAUUAUACUUUAAAGAAAAAUAUAUAUAACCAAAUAAAUAAAGAUACACAUAUGAUUCUUAAGGAUGAUGUAAAAAAUAAUAAAUGUUUUUUUUAUAAACCUGAAAGUUUAUGUUCUAUGUCACCAUACAUUAUAGAUAAAUGUUAUUUUGUGUAUAUAAAAAAUAAAAUCCCUUACAAUGCUUUUAUCGCGUAUACAGUCAAUAAGAUGAAUGUCUACAAAUUUAUAAAAAAUAAAAUUAUAAAAUUAUUUGAAGAUUUAAUCAUAGAAGCAUUGAAUUUUUUUAACAAGGAAAAAAUGAUGAAUAAUAAAAUAUUACCUUUUUAUCGUAAAAAAGAAAGACAAAAAGCACAUCCUUUGAAAGAUUCAGAAAAGAAAAUGUUUUUAGAAAAAAAUUUGGACCAAGAGAAAAAAAAAACAAAAAAAAAAAAAAAAAAUGAUGGGAAUUGUAAAGAUCGUGUGAUUCAAAGUGAUGAAGAGGAUGAACAUGAUAAAAAAAAAAUGAAAAAAAAAAUGGAUAUAAAUAUUAAUACAAAUAUGAAUACACAUAUGAAUACACAUAUGAAUACACAUAUGAAUACACAUAUGAAUACACAUAUGAAUACACAUAUUAAUAUAAAUGUUGAUAUGAAAAAUGAAGCAUGCACCUAUUCAAAACAAAAUUAUAAUGAAUUUAUAAAGAAUAAAAAUAGUAGCGGUACAGAUAAUAAUAAUAAUAUUAUACAUAAAAAAAAAGAAGCAAAAAAAAAUAAGAAAGAAAAUUCUUUUGAAGAAGAAGAUAAUGAAAAUCUUUAUUGUCGUCAAGGCACGAACGAAAUUUUUAAUAAUAAUGAUUUAAAUAUAUACAAAUUAAAAGAUGAUGAUAUUAUGUUACAAAAAGAUUUGUUAUUCUCAUAUAAUAAAUCAGAUAUAUAUAAAGAGUAUAUGAUUGAAUUAUUAGGCGAAAAGAACAUACCAUUUUAUAUACAUAUAAAUAAUUUAAUAUGUAUGUUUGGUAAGUUUGUAGAAUACUUUUUAUAUAUGUUAAAAGAAAAAAAAGGAUAUGAUAAAAGAGUUCUUGAAACUCAUAUAAAUAAUAUAGUAAUAAUUAGUUUUAUAUAUACAUUUACAUCUUUUAUGAAUAAAGAAAUAAGAAAUACGUUUGAAAUAUAUAUAUUGAAAUAUAUUAAUAAUAUAUCUAUAAUACCACGUAAUACAUCUUUUGUGCAUAUAUACUAUAAUAUAGAAACCAAUAAAUUAUGUAGACAAGAAAAAAUAUAUCGAAAUGAAAAUAUAAUAAUAGAAAAAAAUAAUUUAAUAAAUAACCUUCUUGUAACAAAUAAUAGUUUUUAUGUAUAUGAAGAUUUAAAUAUAUUAUCUAUAAUAAAUUUUUUAAAUAUUUCGACAUAUAUUAAUUUGCCUUUUUUAAUUAUGGGACAUUCAAAUACUGCAAAAUCUUUAUGUGUGUAUAAUUUUUUAAAUAAACAAAAACAAAUGAAUACUUAUCAUUUUAUGUUUUCUUUUAAUUAUUCAUUUCAUUACAAUAACAUAAUAAAAACCAUAAAAAAAAAAUUAGAUUUAUCUAUGCCUUGUGUAAAUCAGGAUAUUACUAUAUUUAUUGAUGAUAUGUAUUAUGUUCCUAAUAAUAAUACGUACAAUACAUUUCAAUUUUUAUAUGCCCUCAUAGACGACAACUAUUUUUUCGAUAUAGAGUAUAAUAAAAAGGUGCUAUUCAGCAAUAAAAAAAUUAUAUGCACAAUGAAUGAUGACAACAUGUUGCUUGAUGAAAAAUAUACAUCGAUGACAUCCAAGAUGUACAAGAAUUUUUUUGUAUUUAACGUUUCAUAUAUGACUAUAAAGGACAUAAAGAAUGUUUAUUCGAAUAUUAUAGAAUGCCUAUUUCUUAAAUAUAAUUUUUAUGAAGAAGUUGUAAACGAGUGUAAUAAUUUCAUUAGUUUUCUCCUGGAAGUAUUCGAGAAUAUAUUCCGAAGCCCCCCAGAGGAUAUGAACGAUGACAGCCAUGAUAAUAAUAAUAAUCAUAAUAAUCACAAUAAUCACAAUAAUCACAAUAAUAACAAUUAUAAUAAUAAUAGUGUGUACUAUCUACACAUGAACAAACUUAAUAAUGUUAUAAAUUAUAUGUUAUUAUACGACAAAGAAUGUUGUACUAAUUUCAACGAUAUAUUAAAUUUAUUUAGAAACGAUGUAGAACGUAUUUUUUGUGAAUCCACUUCUUUAAGCUAUAAAAAAAAAGUUGAAUAUAAAGAAAUUAUUAACGACAUUUUUUUAAAAUAUUUUGAAAAGCAUAUAAUAUAUAAGACAAAUGAUUUGUUUAUAAAUAUAUAUAAUAACAAAUUAUAUAUAUUAGAAAAUAAAAAUGAUAUAUAUGAAAAUCAUCAUAAUUUAUUAAGUAUAAAUAAUUUGAAACAAUAUUUCUUUUUUUCUUCAAACGAUAAAGAUAUAAGAAAAGAUUUUUUCUUAUAUAAAAUAUUAGUAGAUCAUAUACUUACUAUAAAUACUUAUCUUAUUUUAAAGAGGACUAAUAUAUUAUUUGUAAAUCAUCAAAGUGUGUUGAUAAAUAAAAUCGUUACCAUAUUUUGUUAUUAUAAAUAUUAUCAUUUGUAUUUUUUGAAAGGUCAUAUAGAAGAAAUUAAAGAAGAAAUUAAAAGGGCUUAUGAGAAAGCUAUCAAAAUGUUUAACGUAAAUAAACAAAACAUAAAUAAAAACAAAAUGGAGGGUGAUAAGAACAACAUAAUGGACGGUGAUAAGAACAACAUAAUGGAGGGUGAUAAGAACAACAUAAUGGAGGGUGAUAAGAACAACAUAAUUGACGGUGAUAAGAACAACAUAACUGACGGUGAUAAGAACAACAUAACUGACGGUGAUAAGAACAACAUAAUUGAGCAUGAUAUUAACAACACAAUUGAGCAUGAUAUUAACAACACAAUUGAGCAUGAUAUUAACAACAUAAUUGAGCAUGAUUAUGACAAGGACACACAGCUUACUAGAAACGUUUUUUGUUCACAAAUAUUUGAAGAUGAAGAGUAUUUAAAUUUAUUAGAUAAUGUUAUAUAUAACGGAGGUAUAGACAUAUUAUAUAACUCCUUUAUAGAUGAAUAUUAUUUAUAUAUUCUCCAUAUAAUAAAACAUAAAGAUAUAAUAAUAGAAGGAAAUUUUAAUAAUUAUAUAUAUUCUUUAAUAUUAAAUAUUAAUCACUUUAUAUUUUAUACUGAUAAUUUUCUUUUAAUAUAUAAAAAAUAUAAAAAUAAAUAUAGAAAGAUAUUUAAAAACAUUCAUAUAAUAUCUUUAAAAUUAUUUUAUUAUGAAACAAAUAAUGUUAACCUUUUUAAUAUAUCGUUAUGUAUAUUUAAUUAUAUAAAACAUAGACAAACAUCAUCAUGUAUAUUAUUAUUUAAAAAUAAGUUUGAUAUUUCUCCUAACGAAGGGGAACAAAAUGUACAGGAAGAUAUUUUACGAAUGGACAAUAUAAUACAAAAAUAUAACAAGAAAGUCAGAAGAAAAAAUAACAAAAUAAAUAAUAAUAUAGGAUAUAUAAAUAAUAUAAUAUCUUAUCCACCUAUAUAUAAUCAUCAACAUGAUGAUAAUAUUUAUAUACCUAGUGUAUAUUCCUCCUACUCUAAAUUAUUUUAUACACAUCUAUAUAAUAAUUAUGUAAAUACAUAUUUCAAUAUCGAAUAUUUAACAAACAAAAUUAAAGAUAUAUACACACAACUAUUAAAGGACCAAGAAAAUUAUCUUAUUAAUAAAAAAAAGUUAUGUAAAAAAUAUAUCUCUUCUUUUUUCGAACCAGACCUAUAUAUUAAAAUUAAUAAUUUUAUAAAAGAUAUAAACAAAACAAAUAAACAAAUAGACAAUAUUAAUAAAUGUAUGAACUCAAAGUUGAAAAUAUAUGAAGAUAAAAUACGUGUUACUAAAAAAUAUUUAAAAUUUAUUACAAGAGAUGAUUUUUAUUAUUUCAAAUAUAAAAACGAAAAUAAUUAUAUUGGCCUUGUUAAAAUAUUAUAUCUAUAUAUAAAAAAAAAUAAUGAUAAAGCAUAUAUAAAAAAUACAUUUACAUAUACAUCUUUUAUAAAACAAAUUAAAAAUAUAGAUAAACAACAUAUUAACAAAAAUAUUAUUUCUAAAUAUGAAAAUAUUUCAAAUGUAGAAAAAUAUUUGAACUACAAAUUCGUAUAUAUAAUACAUCAGUAUAUAUCCUCAAUAAAUAAUUAUGUAAAACAAAACGAAAAAAUAAAUAAACAAUAUCAAAAUUUACAAGAAUUAAAAAAAAAAGUUACCAUAUUGCAGGAAAAUGUUGAUCAUAUAAUAUCUCAAAAUUUAUCACCCCCUUCUUAUAAAAUAUAUGAAGAAAUCCUUUUUGUUUAUAAACAAAUAAAGGAAAAAAUAAAGACACAAAAAACAUUUUUUCUCUUUAAGUCAGUGCUAAUUACUUAUUGUUUAUCCUUUAGUUAUAAGGAAAAAAUAAAAUUCUUAAAAUUAUUAUUAAAAGAAAACAAUCGAAAAGAAGAACACGCAGAAAACUACAACGAUCUGAAGGAUAAAAACAAAACAGAUGAAAUGAUGAAUAACGAAGAAAAAGACAUGGGGAACUCUUAUCUUCACGAUGAUGAUUAUAAAUAUAUAAAUAUAAAAGAUCUGUUAAAUUAUGAUAAUUUUAUUGAUAUCGAAUUUUUAAAAAAAUACAAAGAGCUAAAUUUAUGUUACGAUAAAAUGAUUAUGUUCUAUUGUAAUACCUUUGAUUAUUUAAAAGAUAAUGUGGUGAUAUGUAUAGAUACAUUUUUACAAACAAAAAAAUAUAUGGUGAAAAAAUUAAUUGUGGACAAAAAAAAUUUUGUUUACAUAAAAUAUGAAUAUUUUUAUAAAAUUAAAUUAUCUUCCUAUAGUACCGAUCACAUUAACAUUUGUGAUAAAAUAUGUGAAGAUGAAAAAAACAAAAAAAAAUAUAUUAUGAAAAAUAACCAUAUAGAUAAUUUUAUUAACAAACUUAAGAAAUUUAAUAAUGAGGAUUGCUAUUUGAUUUUUCAAGGAGUUGAUCAAAAUAUAUAUACAAUAUUGAAACAGAAUAAUUUAAAUACGAUAUAUAUUUUUUUAAAUGACAUUAACAAAAUGAAUCUUAAUAAAAUAAACAGACAUUAUCACGUUAUCAUGUGUAAUUAUACCAAGGAAAGUAUAAUUAAUUUGAUAAAGUAUUAUUAUGAAAAGGAAAAAAAUCAAUACAUUCAACAGAAUGAUGAGAUCAAUCUGGAGGAUUAUCAAGACAAGGUCAUGAACCUAUACAAUGAAUGCCUAAAUAACGAAAAAACCAAAGAAGAAGUAGUAAAAGAAAUAUGCGAAGAAAAAGAAAAAUAUAAUCAACAUAUAAAAAAUUCAAAUACUAAGGAGGAGAAAGAGUUUGUAUUAAUGUACGUUUUUUAUCUAUUAAUAGAAUCUUUAAAAUAUAUUAAUCAACAAUAUUAUAUAUGUAAUACUUUCUUCUUAAAAAUUGUUAAAUCAUUUUCUCGUCAUUUUAAUAUAAUGAAUAAUAAAGAAGCAGAAAUAUAUAUCUUAAAUUAUUUUUAUUUUUAUAUUAUAUCACUUAUUUAUAAUAAAGAUAUUCUUACAGUAAAUUUUAUACUCUCCAUAUAUAUAGACAUUUUUGUUAAUAAGGUUAUUAAAUGGAAAGACAUCUUUUUAUUUUUUAAAACUUUUACAAAUCAAAAUAAGCAAAAAUGUAUAAUUCAAAAAUAUGUAAAUCUAAAUAAUAUCAAUUCUCAAGAAUUAUAUCAAACGGAACUUGAUCAAAAUAUUAAGCAUAGUAUAAAUAUAAAAAGUAAAUAUAAUAAUCAGGUCACUCAAAAAGAUCAUACACAUAAUACAGACAAAAACAAUAAACAUAAUAAUAAGGAUGCUAACCAUUUUGAAAAUAAUAAUAGUACUUCUCAGAAAAAAAAAAUUAUAUCAGCCCAAAAUAUGAACGAAUCGAAAAGUUUUAAUAAGGACGACUUACAAAGGAAUAAUUCAACACAACACAAUAAUAAAUGUUAUGUCAAUAAUAAUAAUGAUGAUAGUAUUUCUAAUUAUUACUCCUAUCAUAUAGAUAGUAGCUCCACGAGCUGCUCCCAUAGCUCCAUUGUUGAUGAAACAUACGGAAUUGUAGAAAACGAUCUUGAUACUAUAUAUAAUGUAAAGGAAUCUAAAUAUGUAAAACAUGAAGAUGACGAUAAAGAAUAUGAUGUACACAAAGACAAAGACAAAGACAGAGAUAGAGACAGAAAUAGAGACAGAGACAAAGACAUCUUCUUUAAUAAUUACAAAGAAUCAGAAAACAUAAAAGAUCAUAUAAAUAAAAAAGAAUCAUUUAAAAAGGAAAAAAUAAAAAAAAAUAUUUAUAAUUUACAAAACGAACAUAUCAUACAAGUCACACACGAACAAUACAGAUUUAAACAACUUACACUUAAUCUAAACUCAUUCAUCAAAUUAUUUUAUAUUAAAAAAAAAAAAUUAAAAAAUACUUUUUAUGAUUAUCAAAAUUAUUAUAAAGAAGAGGGAAAUUAUGAACAUGGUCAGGAAAAUUCUGACUUGUUCAGAACUUUCGAUACAUAUAGUGAAGAUGAGGAAGAAGAAUUAGAAAAGUAUAAUAAAGAUUAUGAAAAACGUGAUAUAGAUAGUAUUGAAUAUUAUAUGUGUGAAUUAAUAGAAUUAAAAAAACAUAAAAGAAAUAUUUUUAAGAAUUUGAUAAGGAAUAUAAAAAAGAAUAAGGAUGACUGGGACAAAUAUAUAAAAAAUAAGGAUAGAGAUAAUUAUGAUAAAAUGUAUAUACCAUUAAAAGAGAUAAAUAAAGAUGAAUUAUAUUAUUACAAAGUUGUUGUCGAUAAAAUAAUUAAGAAGGACAUGUUAGAUAUAUCUAUUAAGAAUUAUAUAUCUAUAAAAUUAAAAAACAUAUAUAUAAAUAAAAAACAUAUUAUGAACAAUUUAUACAAUUUAAUAAAUAAAUACAUGAAUAUUUCUAUAUUUCCAUUGGAAAUGGAACAAAUGAAUAAGCACGAUUCUAAUAAUGACGAAAUAAUUAAAUUAGAAAACAAUAAUAAAAUAGUACACACUUCAUUAUUAGAUGAAAUAAAAAAUAAUACAUAUUUCAUAAACAUGAUAGAUCAAAAAGGUAGGAUUAUCCUUCUUUUUAAAAAACACAUAUAUAGUUUUAUUAUAUCUAAAAUUUUAUUAAAUAAUAAUAAUGUUACUUUAGUAGAUAUAACAUCAGAGCAUAGUGGUGUGCACACCAAAGUUAGUGAUAUUAUUAUGAUAGAUAUAGACAAUGAAAGGGAUAAUUACAAACUUGAAAAUUUUAUGGAAUCAAAUUUAAACAAAAUAUUUUUUGUAUUUUAUACUAACUUGAAUAUAAUUACAUAUUCAUUAAGAAAAAUAUCUGUGGUAAUUAAUCUAGAUUUUAGUAUGUAUUCAAAUGAAUAUUUGAAUUUUCUAUAUUUUGUAAUAAAUUCAAUUAAUAACAAAAAAUCCAAAAAUAAAAAUGAAUUAAAUUCAAAGUAUCUCUUUUAUGUAAUGCUCUUCUUUGUCCUUAUAAAUGAGCAAUCAUAUUUAGAGAAUAUAAAAUUAAAUAUGGAUAUAAUUAAUGAAUUCUAUUUUUUAAUUGAAUUUUUUAACAAUCUCCCAAGUUUGUUAAACGGGAAAGAACAAGAACUUGUUAUGGACACAUCUGAGCAAACGGUACUUCAGGAUGAUAAUAAAAAAAAUAAUAAUAAUACUAACAAUAAUAAGAAUGAUAACAAUAAUAAGAAUAAUAACAAUAAUAAGAAUGAUAACAAUAAUAAUAAUAGUGACGUCAAAAACACUAACGCUAAUAUAAAAAGUAAUACGAAUGAAAAAAUAAAUAACAUAUAUGAUAGCACAAAUAAUAUAAAUAAUAAAAAUAACUCAGAUAAUAUAAAUAAUGAUAAAAAAAUAUAUGAGUCAAGAAAUGAAGAAAAAUAUAAAGAAUUUUUUUUUAAAUACUUCAAUUCAUUUUUAUCUACUGUGUUUUCCAAAAAAAUUAUAUUAAUAAAAAAUAUCUUAUCCUCAUUUUUAUGUACUUUCUUUUCUAUAAAAAUUAAUAAAAAUGUCUUAUCAAAUAUAAACAACAUUUUAAAGAUAUCUAGUAAUACCUUUACAAUAUAUGAAUUAACAAAAUAUAUACAGGAGAAUUUUCAUUUACUUCAAAAAAUAUUACAACACAACAAAAUAUCUCAUAUAUAUGAAAUUAAUUAUAAUGUAAAAUCGAUGAAAAAUAUUUUCAUAUCCAAUUCUUUAAUUAGGAAUAUGUACGAAAGAAAAAAUGUCCUUUAUCUCAUUUUAUUAUCUUUUGACAUUUUCGAAAAUUUUAAUUACAUAAAACACGGAAUCAACACAACCCCCAAACUAAAAUUUAUAACUGAGGAAUACAACACCCUUUUAUUUUAUGUGAAUGAAAUGAAGAGAGAAAUUCAUCAUUUUGUAAAAAUGAAUGAUACAAACGUUUCCUUAGAUAGUUAUUAUAUGGAUAUAAUGAAUGCUUUAUUAACAUAUAGGGUACCAAGAAAAUGGAAUUUCCUUGGAAAUCAUAAAAAAGAAAACAUUAAAAGCUUGCUCACUUAUUUAUUAGAAAAGUUAAACUAUUUGAAAUAUAUUAUAAACAAAGAACAAAGAGGAGCUAACAACGUUUACAAUAUUUCCAUGUUCAACAACCCUUUGCUAUUCUUUUAUUCCAUUUAUUUUACAUAUGCCAUUAAUAUGAACACCAGCUUAAGUAAUCUGAGUGCCUCUUUUAAAUACUCGGAGAAAAUUAACAAAAAGGAAGAAGGCAUAUGGAUCGAGCCGAUUAAAAUUUAUAAAAGUGAGUUUACUAAAAAAUCCUCAAACAAUUUAGUUCACAAUAUGAUUCAUAAGAAGAACUUAGUUUUUUUUAAAAUUACAAAUGAAGAAAAUAAAAAUGAUGAAUAUGAAAAAUAUAUGGAUGACGAAGAAAAUACAAAAGAUGAAGUAUCGAAUGAUGAUACAAUUGAAAAGGAUAUAGAUUAUAUAUCUGAUGUGUAUAAAAUUAACGAAUGGAAUAUUGAGGAAAAAGAAAAAAAAUUUUAUUACGAUACUCCAUAUAUACUUAUAAAAAUAAAAAAGAAUAAAGAAUCUUUAGAAAAAAGAAAAAAUGAUAUUUAUGAUGAAAAAAGUGAAAAUAGAGAAAACGAUUUAAUUCAUUUUGAACAAAAUUUUAAUUCUUUAUUUGAUAUAUUUAAAGACAAUGAUCAUUUAGAUUCUCAUGAUUUUAUAUAUUAUUGUCCAGUAUUCAAAUAUAAUUCUUCAACUCGAAACAAUGAUAAGUUAUUAUUCUUUUUUCCCCUCCCAUGUAUAUACAAUAAGAUGAUUUACAAAAAAUUGAGAGUCCACAUGUUAGUAUAA